CUCGUCUUCUGUGACUGUGAUUUGUGACUGUGACUCUGCUCCAGAAAAGCGCUCAAUUACUCUGCAGAUCACUGUUUAUUACGCCGGACUCUCAGCCCGUCUUAUUCCCUUCCUGUCACGAAUUCUUACCCACGACUCCUCGGUUCCCCGCUUGCGUGAGGGAAAGCCGAUCUCCUAACUACACCAUGCCUGCUGCUCCGGAUCUGCCUCUCCAAUUCGACUCCAUUGAGGAUACGAUACAAUCUUUCAAAAACGGAGAAUUCAUCGUGGUGCUCGAUUCCCAGGAUCGCGAAAAUGAAGGCGAUCUCAUCAUAGCUGCGGACUCCGUGACGGAUGCGAAGAUGGCUUUCUUAGUCCGCUAUACGAGUGGACUUAUCUGCGCGCCGAUCAGCCCUGAGCUCACAACCAAGCUAUCCUUGCCCCAGAUGGUUGUCGAGAACGCAGACCCGAAAGGAACCGCCUAUACCGUGUCCAUUGACUCGAGCGACCCCUCCAUCACGACCGGUAUCUCUGCGCAUGACCGCGCUCUUACCUGCCGCACACUUGCCUCUCCCGACGCUCGCCCCGACAGCUUCCGACGACCAGGCCACAUUAUCCCUCUCCGAGCACGACCAGGCGGCGUCCGGGAACGAACGGGUCACACCGAAGCUGCGGUCGAAUUCUGUCGAUUGGCAAACAAGCCCCUGGCGGCCGUCAUUGCGGAACUGGUCGAGGACGGCGAGGAAGUUGCCGGCGUGGCCGAACUCCGCGGCAACAACGGCAUGAUGCGCCGAGACAGCUGUUUAAAAUUCGGCAAGAAAUGGGGCUUGAAAGUCUGCACGAUCGAGGAUUUAGUGGAAUAUGUUGAGAAGAUCGAGGGAUCUGGCUCAAAUCCGGUCUUGAAUGGAAAGCAUUAAGUUUCUGUUUUCUAUGAAGGAAAUGGCGCGCUCUUAUAUAUUGAUAUAUAGAAUACUGAGAUGAUCUCUGGUAGAUCAAAUCAAAUGUGUAUUUGGUGUAUACUGUUCUAGGGGGGGCGGGUUAAAAUCAUCAUAUACAAGAAAAAAAAAUAAGAAGAAAGAGAAGACCAAAGAGUUGGCGAGAUGAGAUUUUUUUUUUCGCAUAUACGUUAUUACUUCAUCGUUUUAUAUAUAUUUUUCUUUUACAUAUACAGUACAUAUUCUCAUCUAUGUUCGCGUUGUCGACUUCAUGCAUCUUUCGACUACUCUUUUUCUCUCUCAUAAAUAGC